AUGGGACGCAAGAAACAGCCAGAGAUUAUCCAAAUAGCGAAAACAUUGAAACCGCCAUGGCCACGUACAGACUUACCUCAUCUCGCUAUUGCCGGUCGUUCAAAUGUCGGUAAAUCAAGUUUGCUAAAUUGCUUAUUUAAACGACGUAAGGUUGCCGGCGUUAGCAAAACACCAGGAAAAACAAAAGCUUUACAAUUUUAUUUAGCUGACAAUCGUUUUAUCUUAUGCGAUUUUCCGGGUUAUGGUUAUGCACGAGUAUCUAAAAAAUUACGUGAUUUCUGGCGUAGUAGUAUUGAGAAUUAUCUAACAGAAGAAAUAUCACCAGUUGGUGUUUUUGUUUUACUAGAUGGCCGACAUGCACCAACAGACUUAGACCUUCAGUUAAUCGAUGCUCUUAAUAGAUAUGAAUUACCAUUUCUACUUGUACUGACAAAGGCAGAUAAAGUAGCACGUGGUAAAAGGAAUGCCUAUGCAAACCGUGCUGCAGUUUCUAUUGGUGUUAGAACUGAGGACCUACUUUGGACUAGUGCAACAACUGGUGAAGGUAUUAUCGAAUUAUGGAAAUCUAUAGAACAAUUAAUUCAGGUAUAA